AUGAACAAGGAAGGCUUUAAUCCCGGAAGAUCCAGGUUUCCUAAUAGGCCGCAUGUUCAGGAGGUCAUUCGAUAUUGGAAAAUGUUACUGAACAAUGAAGCUGAUGUCAAUUCUCAGGGUGGACCUUAUGGAAAUGCUCUCCAAGCUGCAACUGUUAAAGAAUACAUCGAUGUUGUGCAAAUAUUACUAGAAAGAGGAGCUAAUAUCAAUACUCAAGGCGGAGAGAACAUCCCUCGGGUAGUCUACCUGAGAAUGGAGAACCUGUUCUACUCUUAG